UUACUCAGGAUUGUUAAGAAUGUAUGCUCCAGGGAGAUUAACAAAAAAAUUACUUCUAAUUAAAAAUAAAUUGAAUCUCAUGAACAACAAUGAAUUUUGCAGAAGAAUUUCUAUAACUUUGUUUCAAUCAUCAUUUCAUGCUCCUGAGGCUGUGGGCUAUCAUGAGAGGAACUUGUUGUUUCAGCUAAAUGCCUCAUCUCUUACUCAAAAUGAGGAUUCAACAACAGAACCUUCAAAAAGACCAGACCCCAAAACUACAAGUAUCCUGCUCUUCCCCAACCAAGGCUCUCAAUAUGUGGGGAUGGCCGUACCUGUGUUGGGAGUUCCUUCUGUCCAACAAAUGUAUGAGGAAGCCUCAGAAGUCCUGGGGUUUGAUUUGCUUGAGGUUAGCCUUCAUGGGCCCAAGGAGAAGCUGGACGAACCUCAAGUUGCCCACCCAGCUGUAUUAGUUGCCUCUUUGGCCGCUGCCCAAAAACUGCUCUAUGAUAAUCCUCUUGCCAUACGCAACUGUGUCACGGCUGGUGGCUAUGGCUUAGGGGAGCUGACGGCUCUAGCGUUCUCUGGAGUUUUCUCGUUUCAGGAUGCUGUGCGCGUGUGCCAGUUUCGGGCGUUGGCCAUAAGCGCAGCGUGUGAAGGCACCAGCGGGGGCCUGGCAAGCGUCACAUACGGUGCGGGGUGCCGCCUUCAGUUGUGUUGUGAUGCCGCCGUACAGUUCUGUGCCAGGCAGCAAUUGCCUGAAGCUCACUGCUCGGUUGCUGCUCAUCAUUGGUCCACCUGCAGCGUAAUUGCGGCUACUGAAGAGGCUCUGGAGUUCCUGGAGAAAUACCAACAAGACCUGCGCCUGAAGAGUGUACGUCGCCUCGCAUCAGUCCCUGGUCCGCUACACUCGCCGCUGCUGCGCCCUGCCUCUGACGCCCUAGCUAAGAUGCUGUCUGGGAUGAGUUUGAAAGACCCCAUAGUGCCUGUAGUCUCAGCGUGCGACGUCAAAUAUUACACGAGAGCUGAUCACGUGCUGAAGAAGCUGCCUGCUCAGCUCAAGUCUGCCAUCAAGUGGCAGCACACAAUAAACAAGCUCUACACGCGUAAAUCUGGCCGAGGCUUCCCACAAACUUACAUCUGUGGGCCUGGACAAACCAUGAGUACAGAGCCAGGUUCUCGGAUCCCGCGCUACAGGGAUCAUCAUAUGACGGUACUGUGGAUCUCAUCCAUCUAA